AUGGUUUACGCCAGGGAUGACACCACGGUGGUAGGUCUGAUCAAAGAUGAUGAUGAGUCUGCCUACAGGGAUGAGGUGCAGCACCUGGCUGUGGGGUGUGCCACCAACAAUCUAGAACUAAACACCCAGAAGACAAAGGAGAUCAUUGUGGACUUCAGGCGGACUAGGAGUCAUGCACACACACCCAUCUACAUCAAUGGAGCUGUGGUGGAGCGUGUGUCGGGUUUCAAGUUCCUUGGCAUCCACAUCUCUGAUGACCUCACAUGGAUCCUUGUGGAAUUCUACUGCCGUACCAUUGAGAGCAUACUCACAUACUGCAUCUCAGUAUGGUACAGCAACUGCUCUGCAUCUGACCGCAAAGCACUCCAGCGGGUGGUGAAAACUGCUCAACGGAUCACCGGCACCCAGUUAACUUCCAUUGAGAACAUCCAUCACAAUCGCUGUCUGGAACAAGCUUUAGAAAUGGAGGGUGUUGAGAGUCGCAGACAGUCGGAAAGCAGAGAGCCUCUGAACCCAGAGACUCAGGAAAAUCCACCAAAGAAGAAGAAAAAAAAGAAGAAAGCACAUACUUUAGAUCAUGAUGAACAGCAAGAACUCACAAACGGAGAUGUUCAUGAGCCCCACACAGAUGGUGAAGAAGUUACCAAGAAAAGCAAGAAAAAAAGGAAGGCUAAGAUGUUGGAGAAUCAAUCCCAUAAUGAGCUAACUGUGGAGGAAGGCGAUAUCAUUACUGAUUUGCACGCACAGAUUUCUCAGCGUUCUCUAUUCUCUGCCCCUCUGGUUCACAGCCAUCCUAUUGGAAAAUUAUUUGUAGAGAAAAAAAAACGGUUCCAAGCAUUCGAUCGCUUGGACUCAGCCAAUGACCAGCUGGAGGAGUAUAUGGAGGACAGACCCAUGUGGAAAACACGAGAUGUUGCCAUGAGGGUCCACAGCGGGUUCAGGUGA